GUAAGAACAAGAGGAAGCAGUCGAAGUGCCGGAGCUCCAUGAUUCAUAAACUGUCUCGGAUUCGAUGAUAAGGAUAAGUUUGUCCAGCAACAAGAUUCUGGUGAUAAAAAGGAGAAGGUUAGGAAGACGGUCAUGAAAGAUGCCAUCAGCGGUUGUGGAGAAGAAACGGUACCGAACACAGAUUGAGGAAGACAAGAACAAAUGGCGGCGAGGCACCUCUCCAGGCUCAAAAAGUUCGUCGUUCCACUUUCUACAAAUACCCGCCAUUUUUGUACAAGACCUGCAUCCAGCCCCCUCAAUUCCACUACCAGUACUUCUUCCUCCUCCACCUUUCCCCAAAACCCUACUAAAACCCCUCUACAGAAAUUGCCAUUUCCCCCUCACUCCACGUCGCGUGUGCCUCUGACUAGGGAUGGAAAUUACGACGAAACGGACGAGCAAUCGUUCCCAAUUUGCCCUGGAUGCGGUAUACAUAUGCAGGAUUUUGACAGCGAACAGCCUGGUUUUUUCGUCAGGCCAGUGGAGAAGGCUCCUGGCUACAAAAAGUUCAAAAAAAUGGCUCCAAUUCUGGAUGAAUCCGAAAUAUCGGAUUCUCUGAAGAAGGGGGUGAUGAAUGAGAUUCUUGAAGUUGAGAAGCUCGAAGGUGUUGGGAUUGAAGACAAGGUGUUUGAUAAAAUGCCUAGGAGAGCUGAAGCCGUUAAAACAGCGUAUGAAGAAAAUUUGAGCAAGAAGCCAAUUGUGUGCACAAGGUGUCACAGUUUGAGGCACUAUCAGACAGUGAAAUACCCCGGCGUCGAGAAUCUAUUGCCGGAUUUUGAUUUUGAUCACACCGUCGGUCGGAGAUUGGCCUCUGCAAGUGGCUCCAGAUGUGUGGUGCUGUUGGUGGUCGACGCCACCGAUUUCGACGGUUCAUUUCCUCGAAAGGUUGCGAAUUUGGUAUCGGAGACGAUCAACGAGAAAUCGAGAGCGUGGAAGGAAGGUAAACCAGGGAAUGUACCAAGAGUUGUGUUGGUGGUGACAAAGAUUGAUCUUUUGCCGAGCAGCAUUUCGCCUACGGGACUCGAAUACUGGAUUCGGACACGAGCACGAGAAAAUGGGGUGGGGAAAUUAACUAGCUUGCAUUUGGUUAGUGCUGUUAAAGAUUGGGGAGUGAAAACUUUGGUAGAUGAUGUGAUCAAAUUUUCCGGUCAAAGAGGAAAUGUGUGGGCAGUCGGGGCUCAAAAUGCCGGAAAGAGUACGUUGAUUAAUGCAAUAGGAAAGUGUGUUGGAGCGAAGGCAACUCAUUUAACGGAGGCGCCGGUGCCCGGCACCACGUUGGGGAUUGUGAGGGUCGAAGGAUUGCUCCCGGGGAAAGCGAAGCUGUUUGAUACUCCUGGCCUAUUGCAUCCGCAUCAGAUUUCGACGAGGUUGACGAUGGAGGAGCAAAAGCUAAUUCAUGUGACUAAGGAGUUGAAGCCAAGAACAUACAGAAUCAAGGUAGGAAAUUCGGUUCACAUUGGCGGGCUCAUGCGGUUGGAUGUAGAAGAAUUAUCCGUAGAUUCGAUUUAUGUUACAGUAUGGGCCUCGCCUCUGCUUCCCUUGCAUAUGGGAAAGACCAAGAAUGCUUGCUCGAUGAUCGACGAACAUUUUGGUUAUCAGUUACAACCUCCCGUCGGCGAAGGAAGAGUGGAACAGCUUGGGAAGUGGACGAGAAAAGAGUUUCUCGUGUCGGGAACCGGGUGGAAUUCGAGUUCAGUCGACAUUGCAGCUGCUGGUCUCGGCUGGUUCGCCAUUGGACUCAAGGGAGAGGCUCGGCUAGGCGUAUGGACCUACCAAGGCGUCGACUUAAUUGCUAGAAAAUCUCUGCUUCCUCAAAGAUCCCACCAAUUUGAAGUCGCGGGUUUUACAGUGUCAGAGAUCGUCUCCAAAGCUGACCGAGCUAGAAAUCUGAAGCAGCAAAAGGAAAAUAAGAGUCGAAAAGCUAACUUACCGGAAACCUCAUUGUCAGCAUCUUCAACAGCCGACGAUGAUUCGAAUUCCACCCUCGUUGAUUCGACUGCAUCGCCGUCUGACGACACCGGAACCUCAGAUUCAGAUGUUGCCGCGCCUUCAGAGUUCCUGAUCGAUCGCCGGAAUCCUUUGUCGACUGUCUGAAUCUGAAAAGGUUUCAUCAAUGUCUUGAUCCUAAUUCUAAACAUGCUACAUUGUGGAAGUCAGGUAUUUACCGAAAAAGAUAUAUUUCUUUCGUUCCUCAAAUUUAAUUUUUUGUUUUUUUAAUUUAUUAUUAAUUUUGGUAAAGUCAAAAUUUUUAAUAGAAUUUUUGUUUUUUAAUCUCCGCGUCCGGACCUAAUUGGGUUAUUUUUAGAUUGUAAAUGGACCAAUUAGAACUUAUUCUAACUUAGUAGUCUUUUAACUUUGGUGAUUACGUAAAAGUC